ACCUGACACUUUGUUCAGCUUGAUGAUGCACGAACAGGGCAAAAAGUUGCAGCACAGCCAGCGCACGUUCCCGACGGAAGCGCGGUCUUGGUUUAACGCACGAGACGCCUCAUAGACCGGAAAAACGGCAGCAGCGACCAUGGUGAUAAAACAGUGUCACUCGCGACUGACACGGUGUGUUUGUACGCACCCGAGGACGUGGAAGGAGCCGCUUCUUAAGGAAGGCCGCUUCAACGGUCGUAGUUUGGUGCCGGAGGCGGAGAUGAGUUCACGGACCGGUUUUAACACAUCGGCGUGUCUCCAGCGCGUCUUCUCUCCAGCCUCCACGAACGGUGACCAGCAGCCGUGGAGCCGCCGACGAGCCGCUGGACGGAGCGCGGAGCGACUUCCGGCCCGAACACGCACGGCGCUAAGAGAGUUGAGCACCUCCAGCAGAGCCCUGCAGUACGACUUGAAACCAGAGGUGCCUCACUGUGAAGGACGGAAGCUGUUUUUUGACACAAAUGCGGUGGUUCAGCUCCUUGAGAAAAAUGGUUUUAACACGUUGCAAGCUGAGGUGAUAGUUCAAGUUCUAAUGAGGAUGACCAACUCUAACAUGGACGUUAUCUAUUGUGACCUGGUUACAAAAGUGCAGCAGGAGAUAAUGCUGCAGCGUAUAAUGUCUCAAAUAGCAGCAGUGAAGAAGGAUAUGAUCAUCCUUGAGAAGAGCGAGUUCUCUGCCUUACUGGCUGAAAACGAGAAACUGAAGAUCCAGAUAUUACUGCUCAAGGUCCAGCUGACUGAUGUAAUGAAUAAAGUGCGAUCAGACAAUAUUUUGGACAUGAAUGUGGAGAAAAGUCGUGUAAAGGAAUUGAAAGCUGAGCAUGAGAAGAAGCUUCUGGCGAUGCGAACUGAGAUCAUGGAAAUGACAGCAGAGCAGGAUCGGCACUUGACUCAAACCAUAAUGAAAAUAGACACUGAAGUAGCUGGUUUAAAAACAAUGCUAGAGUCUCAUAAACUGGAUACUAUAAAAUAUCUUGCAGGUUCAGUGUUCACCUGUCUAACUGUGGUCCUGGGUUUCUAUCGUAUUUGGAUGUGAACACUUACUUAUACACAGGACAUAAGUGUAAGCAGAUCUUUGGUAGCAAUUCAUAUCACAUUCUGGUCUCUAUUGUAUUUUACUGAUCAAAAUGAGUUUGUUCAAUACUGGACUUUUAUUCUUUUAUCAUUGUGUGCAGACAGACUGAGCAAUCACAAGCUUUAACAUUUAUUUGAUUCAUUCAGUUUUAAAUAAAUGAGUGCUCAUUAAAAUCAAUAAUUAAAAGAUAUUUGUUUCUUCGUAAAGUUGUGUUGCUACAGUGGACACACAUCUGUAGUCCAAUUUACCUGAAUGCAAUGUAAAAUGAUAUGUAAAUAUUUUAUAUACACUAUGCAUAUAGUUGCACUGAAACGCUAAUGAGAGUAUUACAGAUGUUUUAUUUAUGUGUAUUUAUAGUCCAUGGUUUCAAAAAUGUUUUAGCAACAUUGUGAGAUCAAUGUUCUAUCAUCCAUGAAUUCCUAAUAAUUAAAUACUCUGUGGCAACAAACAAAGUGUCUGCUGCAAUAUUUCCGGUCUUCUGUGGAGAUUGUUGUACUGUAGUUGUGGUCAUAAUUGUAUUAAUUUAUUAAUGUAAUGUUUAUCCUUGUAUUUACGUGAAAUGUUACUUAGUUUACGUAUAAAAAAAGAAUGUGGAGAAAAGCAACUUCUUUGAUGUAAUAACAGCAAAAACGCAACACACAAAACUUUAAUUUGAAACAUUUGAACCUGAAGUAUUCUGGUGGAAGAAGUUGCGUUUUGCUGUCAACACGUGUGUUUGUGUCAGAGAAGCUGUUUUUCCCUAUUUAUAAACGACCUGAAACAUAAGUUUGGUUUUGUCAGAGCGUAAAAUGAAACAUGUACAUAUUCUUUACAGUUGACAAACAUGUUUUGCUUCAGUUUUAUCUGCUUGUGUCUACAACUGGUGAAAGGUUUUUUAUCAUGGUCUCUGUCAGCUGCUUCCUGCGUGUCACCCUGUCCUGUGAUGAAUAAUCUGCUUUAAUGCUAUACUGUAGAUUCCAGGCAAAACUUCUAGUGGUUGUGUCAGUUCUCUCUGAAAAACCUCUGAAGCGGGACUUCAUACAUACACUACUGUUGAAAAGUUUGGGGUCACUCAGACAGCUUUGUGUUUACCAUUAAAAGUCACACUUUUAUUUACCAGCAUUAGUUGUUAAAUGAAUGGAAAAUAUAGUCCCAUUAAAAAGGUUAAAAACAA